AUGGGGCUGCCCUCCCGUCGCGAGCAGGAAAACGGCGACGCGGAUGAAUUUGAGGGAAAAUCGGAAAUCUGGCAACGGUAUAACCAGCGCCUGGGAGUUGAGGGAGUUGGGAAGAGCCAAGUUUAUGCCCCGUCAGCAAGCACUGCCGACUACAAUCGGGAUUCACCAGGUUAUCCAUCCUCAAAACCAGCAGCCAGCACUUUUCCCAGCUCCUUCUUCAUGCAAGAUGGUCAUCACAGCAGCGACCCGUGGAGCUCCUCCAGCGGGAUGAACCAGCCCGGCUACGGGGGCAUGCUGGGCAACUCUUCUCACAUCCCCCAGUCCAGCAGCUACUGCAGCCUGCACCCGCACGACCGCUUGAGCUACCCAUCACACUCCUCAGCAGACAUCAAUUCCAGUCUUCCUCCGAUGUCCACCUUCCACCGCAGUGGCACAAAUCAUUACAGCGCGUCUUCUUGCACACCCCCUGCCAACGGGACGGACAGUAUCAUGG